UCUUCCCAACAUCCUGCUGACACCAUGCUCCGUGGAGUGGACGACGUUUCGACUGGCUCGGAUUCGGACUACUCAAAUUCGUGGAUUUCAUGGUUUCUGUCGUCAAAAGGCAACGAGUACUUUUGCGAAGUCGAGGAAGACUACAUCCUCGACCGAUUCAACCUCACCGGCCUCAACACCGAGGUCUCCAACUACUCCCAGGCUCUCGAUCUCAUCACCGACAACCUCGAUGACGAAAUCCAGGAUGAGCUGAGGGGCACACUCGAUGUGCAGGCGCGGCUGCUGUACGGGCUGAUACACGCACGAUGGAUCGUCACCGCGCGCGGGCUGAGCAAGAUGAUCGAAAAAUACAAACGCGUCGACUUCGGUCGCUGCCCGCGCGUGCUCUGCCAAUCCCAGCCGCUCCUCCCCGUCGGGCUCAGCGACGUGCCCUACGAAAAAUCCGUCAAGCUCUACUGCGGCCGCUGCGAGGACGUGUACUCGCCCAAGUCCUCCCGGCACGGUUCCAUCGACGGCGCGUACUUUGGCACCUCCUUCCCGCACCUCCUCUUCCUCGUCUACCCGAACCUCAUCCCGCCCAAAGUCGGCCCGGUCGAUGCCGCCGCCGCGCUGCGCAAUGGCGGGGUUGUUGCCGGUGCGGGUGCGGAGGCCGAGGGUGCAAGGCGGACCCGGCGGGUGCGGGAGGACAGCGAGGUGGAGGGCAGUGGGAGUGGUGUAGGUGAGGCGAGCACGGCGAGUGUUGCGCUGAAGGCGGAGAGGUAUAGGCCGAGGAUAUACGGGUUCCAGCUGCACGAGACGGCCAAGCUGCAGCGAUGGCAGGAGGCCACUCGAGAUCGACAGGUUGCACGGCUAGAGGCUAUAGAGGACCUCAACUGAUUCCUGAUGUAAUUUCUUGCGUGUUAUAAUGGG